CUUUUUAGCGGUGUGGAAACCCUCCCCUAAUGCAAUGCAAUACAGUACUCCCCAGAGGUUUCGAAGUGGCGAAACAUAAGCGUCGGAGAACAAAUCUCUCGGUUUAUUCAUCUUCAAUCCCUUUCCAUUCUCAUACGUCGCAUUUAAUUUAUUCGAUCGGGUUUGAAGUUUGUAUAGGACAUGGCUUCCAAAGAAAACACAUCAGUUCUUGCUCAAGAAGAGAGGAGUAAUGGAACAGAAGAAGGCAUUGAAGAGGAUGCUGCAAACCCAUUAGAUAAACAAGCUAUUAAGAAGCACGAAUUAAAUGGCUCUUCUGUCAAUGUUGAUAUGGAAAAUGGCAAUCGCGACGUUCCUGCUAGUAGUGAUGACACCCACGAUCAGCUAACUCUAAUGGUUAUGGAGCUAAGUUUACAGAAUGAGUACUUGAAGUCACAAGUCAGAGAUGUCCAUGCUGAACUUCGAAGAUCGAAGCAUGUUUCGCAGACAGGUAGCGAGAAUGACCGAGGGGAAGAAGCGUCUGAAUUAGUAAACAGCUUACACGAACAGAUAAAGAUUUUGAAUAAGGAAAUUCAGGAGCAUAGGGAAACUCAAAAGGCAGCAGAGGCAGCUCUGGAGCAUCUGAGGGCUUCAUACUCGGAGGCCGAUGGGAAGGUUCAAGAGCUCUCUGCAAAGCUUACUGAAGCUCAACAGAAGAUGGAGCAGGAAAUGAAAGAACGUGAUGACAAGUAUGUUGAGUUGGAUACCAAGUUUGGGAGGCUUCACAAACGUGCAAAACAACGUAUCCAAGAGCUACAAAAGGAGAAGGAUGACUUGGAAGCCAGGUUUAAUGAAGUUAAUGCAAAGGCUGAGCAAGCUUCAUCUCAGCAAGCUUUAGUGCAGCAGGAGUUGGAACGGGCACGUCAACAAGCUAGCGAAGCAUUGCGAUCUAUGGAUGCCGAAAGGCAUCAGUUACGGUCUGCAAACAACAAACUUCGGGAAAGCAUUGAUGAGAUGCGUCGUUCCUUAGAAGCCAAGGAAAAUGCGCUUGAAGGGUUACAGCAGUCUAUUUUCGACAAAGAACAGAUGCUGGAGCAAAUUCAAGCUUCUUUGCAUUCUGCAGAAGAGAAAAGACAAACAUCUAUAACAGAGCUUUCUGCUAAGCACCAGAAGCAAUUAGAAAGCUUGGAGGCACAACUUGCUGAUGCUUUAGCAGAAAGAAGCAAAGCAGCUGAAACAAUCUCUUCUCUGCAGAUGCUUCUGGUUGAGAAAGAUUCAGAAAUUGCAGAGAUAGAGGCUGCUUCAACUGGUGAAGCUGUGCGACUUGGAGCUGCAUUGGAGGAGAUGAAAGGAGAACUUAUUCAUCUCAAGGACCAUCAUGAAAAAGAAAAGCAGAGCUGGGAGGCAACUUGUCAAACCCUGAGAAUGAAGCUGGAAGCAUCUGAGAGUGCAUGUCUUCAAUCGGAGAUAGAAAUUGCUAGAAUUAGAAGUCAGUUUGAAUUAGAAUUAUCUGCACAAAACCAGUUGUUGCAUACAAGAGAUGCUGAACUAAUGGCUGCUAAAGAUGAGAUCAGCCGUUUAGAAAGUGAAUUUUCUGCAUAUAAGGUUCGUGCACAUGCACUUCUGCAGAAGAAGGAUGCUGAGUUAUCUGCAGCGAAAAACUCAGAUUUAGUCAAAGCUCAAGAGGAGGCCCUGAAAGAAGCUGAAAGUGAAGUAGCAGCAGCUCUGGCAGCAAGAGAAAAAGCCAUCCAAGACCUUCAAGAUGCUUUGACAAGAUAUGAUAAAGAAAUUGCAGCAAGGGAUGCAGCUCUUGCUGAUGCUGAUCAAAGGAUAAAGAGCAUUUCCACGAAGCUAGAUUCCACUACUGCUGAUUAUCUGUCAGAAAAAGAAUCAUGGCAAAAGAAAUUGGAUAGUGUAGAAGAAAACUGGAAACUGAAAUAUGUUGCGUUGGAGACACAACAAGACGAUCGAAUUGGAAAUGAUGUUCAAGAGGAUUUAGAUGAACUGAAGUUACGAUUUGAAAAAUUGAAGGAGGAGCAUGAGGCAUUCCGUGAUAUUGCUGAUAGAAUGAUUGAGGAGAAGGAAAGGGAAAUAGCGAAGUUAAAGGAGGACAAUAAGAUUCUUCAUCACUCUUUGGAUUCAAGGCCAUUUGUUGACCAUGGUGGUACAGAAAACUCAGCAUCUCUGAAACAGGAUGCACAACUUUCAAGCAUUGCAGCUGCUGAGCAACAAAUUUUGCUGUUGGCAAGGCAACAAGCUCAGAGGGAGGAAGAACUUGCGCAGUCACAGCGGCAUAUCUUAGCACUUCAGGAAGAAAUUGAAGAACUCGAACGAGAAAAUCGCCUUCACAGUCAACAGGAAGCAAUGUUGAAGGCUGAGCUCCGCAAUAUGGACAGAUCGCAAAAGCGAGAAGGGAUAGAUAUGACUUACCUUAAGAAUGUUAUAUUGAAACUUCUUGAAACAGGUGAAGUGGGGGCACUACUUCCUGUUGUUGCAACAUUACUGCAAUUCAGCCCUGAAGAGCUCAAAAAGUGCCAACAAGCGCACCUCGUCAAAUGAUAUGCUUCAGCAUCAAUUUCUGUCGCCGAAUCCAAAUAUUACUUUUAUAUUUUCGAGACUGUCAGUUUACUUAUACUGCCUAAGAAACUAUUCUUACCUGCUGAUCUAUUCAGAUGCUGCUGGAGAAAUGCGGAGUUCGAGUUUAUCGGCACGUUACAGGGAAUCCAUAGACCUCUUAUAAUUCAUUAUUUAAGUAUGACCCUUGUAUGUGUGUAGCCUUUGGUGUAUAUAGGUCAAAUAUAUAUGUGAGAUCAGUAAUCCAAUGCUUAUCUGCAGGGAGAAUGAGCAGGGCUUGUUAAUGUUUAGUUGCGUGACAUUUCGACACUGAAAGAUAAUAUAUUUGGAUAUACUUGUUAUUCAAGUAUCAGUGAUAAUUGAAUAAGGAAAUCUAUUGUUUUUUUAUA